ACCGCGCAUGCGCAGCUCGGCACCGUGUUUGAUAUCGUCACAGCCACAACAACAGCCGUGGAGAGCUCCGUGAGUGUCCCCCUGCCCGGGCCCGGAACCGGAGCUUGACACAUACACGGUCCGGGCCACAGACCCAGAGGACCCGCAGGUGAGGAGCCAAACCCGCAGAACCCGCACAGACCUCCGGUAACCAUCAGCCAGUCCCACCGCUGCCCACUGUMCAACCGGACCGAACCCUACCCUGUUGUCGGCGGGUAGCCAGAUGCUAACAGGCUAAUAGCACCAUGCCCAGCUCCUGCUGAACCGAGCUGGAGGUCCGAACGGUCUGCCGCGAGCCGGAGCGUCUCUGGACAGCCCGAGGAUGUUCGYAGUGACGCCCGCAGCCGCGGAGCAUCGACCCGGCUCCUCCCAGACCGCUGGGCCCGGACAGGCCCGCGGAGCSUACAUGUAAACCGGCUGACCGAGCCACAGAGUCCGGCUCCGGAGCUCCAGACCUGGGUCCAGAGCCGCAGCCAUGCAGGCCGCGCAGCCGCAGUACGACUUCUUCAGCGAGGAGAACCACGGCAAGUGGAGAGGCCUGCUGGUUCCGUCCCUGGAGAAG